GAGCUCCAGCACAACUGUAGCGAGUACUGCGCCGCUGUUUCUCUCUCUCGCUCUCUCUCUCUCUCUCUCUCUCGCUCGCUCGCUUUUCUUUUUUGGUGUAAAAAGAGAGAGAUUAAGCCUCUUGGCUUUCGCAGAUGGAAUCUCCAGCAGCCGGCCAGUUUAAAGUGACGAAGCUGGUCCUUGCAUUGUUCUUCGUUAAUUAAACACGAGGAAAUGACGGGAAAGGAAACUAUUCCAUUUAUCCGGAAUUCUGCGUUUCGCUGAUAAAAACACUCCGUUGCUAAUUUAGGUUGAAAAGCAGGAAACGGGAUAGUGAAGUUUCCUUUUUCACAAACAAAAAAGAAAAAAGACAGCGACGUUGGAGGAAGGCAGUUGUAUCGUGGAGCUGUGCGAACUAAGCGUAUAACGAGCUGCAUGUGAUUUUCUUUGCUCUUCUGCUUUGGGGACACUUGCCAGGGUGUCAUGGCUAAUAAUGACACUGAAGUCAACUCGAACGUAAAGUUGCCCGAAAAAUUUUUUGAGAACCUUAUACUUUCUUUCAGCCUAUCUAUGCUGGUAGGCCUGAUCAUUGGUGCCUUGAUAUGGCUCUUCUUGACAUGGCUAUCUCGACGUAAGGCCUCAGCUCGCAUCUCUGGGCGAAACACUCGUCAAGCCCGACCUUCCUCCCACAACUUAAUACACUGUCGGUCGGGUAUGUACCGCAACAGCAGUUAUGACCGGCGAAGUAACAACAGUCUGGCAAGUGCCGCUGCUCUCACAUUCCAGCGACAAGCUUCUCUGGAGCAGCCAGACCCAUUUGCCAGGAAGCCUAGCUUCAGAGCCUCCACAUUUCACCCUUUGCUGCAGUGCAGUCAGAUUGCCCGGGAAGCAGAAGAAAGCAAUCAAUCAGCACUUCCCAGAAGUAACACAGGCUCGUCAAUAAAUACCAGCAAUAUGGCCCGUCCGGAGUCCUUCUGGUCGAACAGCAGUCUUCGGGGUUUUCAUGCCACACACACACCUCCUCCUGCAUAUGAAACUGUUAUACGAGCAUUUCAAGAAACGUGCAACUGAGUGUACUGGAGACAAAAUAAAGUGUGGGAGAGUAAAUAAAAUGAAAUUUAUGUUUUAUUUAACCAAAUAUUCUAAUAAAUUUGGAAUGUAAGGUAGCAGGGCUACACAGCUUAAGGACUGAGAUAUCUACUGAUCCAGUGGUAACCUCAAAGGCAGAAGAAGAAUACAUGAUAGUGAAGCAAAUGUGGUGAACAUCAACCUCCAAAGAUUGUCAGAAGAGGCCUUGUGUUUAUGGGAUUUUUUAAGGCAUCUUUAUAACUUAUCUACUGAUCAGCUGUUAGCGAUUUUGGAAACCUUGUGAUUUUGCUGCACAGAGACUGCUCACUCAGUUUUUAGUUUGUCGAAAUAGUGGGCUGAAAGCCUUUAUAACAACAAUUGUCUUAACAGCUAAAUUUAAUAAAAUAAUCAAAAGGUGACUCAUACAGUAUCUUACAUUUUGUAAAGUUGCAUAUAAAGGUAAUUUUUUCUGCUUGUUCUGAGGAGUUUAGGCAGCUGUUUUUCAUCUCUGCUGUGGGUGCUUUUUAUUUUAAGCUUUUAUGUUUGAUAUACAUAUAUUGUAAAGGCUGAUACUCAUCUAAUUAAGGUAAAACUUUUUAUUAAAAAAUAACUGUUUUGGGUUAUGGCCAAGUCAAGGGCCUUUUCAAAAGUAUCAUUUAUUGCAAUGAUCUCCAUACCCCUGUGUAGUUCAUCUAAAUAAAGCAAGUAUGAUCAUACUUUUUUUUAAAUUAACUGAUUUGCAAAGAUUCCUGUAAUCAUGUAUUUCAAAAAAAUCUAAAUAUGCUAAAGGGGCUCUUCAACCAUGGUCUACUUUACGUAUCCUAAAUCAAUACAAUUCAUUUUAGUUUAUUCUUACAUUUUACUGGAAAUAGGCUCUUAUGCCAUACAUUAAUUAAAAUUUCUAUUAAGUCGAAUUUGUUCACUGUGGUUGUCAGACUCUGUCAAGGUUGUGUCUUGUCACCACUCGUAUUUGAUGUUUUCAUGGGCAGGAUAUCAAUGUGCAGUGUCGAGCUGGGGAGGUUAGGCGUAUCAUCAUUGCUUCAUGCAGUUGAUGUUGUCCUCUUUGCCUCAUCUGACUGUGACCUUCAGCACGCACUUGAGCGAUUUGCUGCAGAGUGUAAAACAGCUGGGCUGUAGAGGUUACGGCUGUCUUUCAGAAGAGAGUAGAUUGUUCUCUCCAGGUGUCAGGGGACAACUGCAUUCACUGGAGGAGUUCAAGUAUCUUGGAAUCUUGUUAAUUUUUGAGAUUGGCAAGUGGAUUGGAGCGACACCUGCUAUUCUGCAGGUGCUGUUCCAGUGUGGGGUGGUAAAGCAGGAGCUGAGCCUAAAGACAAAGCUCUCGGUUUACCAAUUAUUCCAUAUCCUUGUCCUCACUUAUAGUCAUGCACUGUAGGUAUUGACCAAAAGAAUGAGAUCGUGAAUACAAGUGAUAGAAAUGAGGUUUCUUUGCAGGGUGGCUGAGCUGACACUCCAUGAUAGGGUAGGAACCUCAGAGAUUUUGGAGAGCCUCAGAGUAGAGUCGCUGCUAUUACAGCGUGAGAAGAGCCAUUUGAGGUGGUGAAGUGGUUUGGGUUGGGCCCCACAAACAACCCACCCCCCACAAACUCUUAAAAAAUAUGGUUCUUUAAUAGCACUUUAUAAUUCUUUACUGGGUUGUGUGGUUCCUUGUAGAACUAUUGCUUGACAAAGCACCCUUUCAUUCUGAGAAGUGUUCUUUACAUGUGAAGUUGGUUCCUUGUGCUUUGAUAGACUUCCUAAUGUGUGGGAAAACACUGAAAUCUUUCAUGUAUGUUAUGCUACCUAGCAGAACACUUAACAGGUUAAGAAAAUCUGAACUUAGUCUGUGUUAUUGUAUGCAGCAAGAGUUCUUUUAAAAUCAUGACCCUUUGGUAUCUCACAAAUCUGUUACCAUCUGCUCAUGGUUAUUUACUGUAUAGGGCUUGUUAUGGAUCUAAAUAAAUAAAGGUUCUUUCUGGAACCUUCAUGUGGAUGGUUCUUUUGGGAUCCAAAAAUGUUUCACCUAUGGCAUCGUUCUGAAGAGCCACUAUGGCACCUUUAUUUUUAAGAGUCUAGAGCUGCUCUGUGCAUGUCCCACUGGGCAGAGACCAGGACACACUGGAGGGAUUAUAUCUCCCAUCUGGCUUGGCAAAUUCCCCAGAAAGAGCUGGAAUCUGUAGAUGGGGACUGAGAAGUCUGAGUUGACUUCCUUGGCCUACUGCCACCGUGACCCUAGCCAGGAAAAGCAGAUAAGACAAUGAGUUAAGAGGGGAUGAGAUAUAAACACACAGAACUAUAUAACCACACAACAAUGUCAUACAUCAGCAUAUAGAUCUGUUUAGUUAAGAGUAAUAAAUAAAUCCAUAAACCUUCACUAAAAUUGAAUACAAGUAAUGUGAACAAAAGAUCCAGUCAAGUAGAGGAUAAUCAAAAUUCAAAUAUUUUAUUACAGUCUGAUUAGGUAUGAUGUCUUCUAGAUUUUGUUGCAAAAGAGCAUCUGAACAGCAAGUAAUUUUUGAGUUAAAAAACAUUUUACUCUGAGCAGCACCUAUACAUCCAAAGACUUAGCAUUAGGUCAAUUACUUUGCCCUGUGGAUUAAGAUCUGAGUCUGCAUUUCUGUACAUGCUGUGAUAAACUGGCAUACAAUCCAGUCCAAUUUGUUUCUCCUGUUUUUUUUCUGUAAUCUAUUUUUUUAUUAUGUGUUUCUUUAAUCUUGUUUACUGCUUUUAUUUUUUAAUUAUUAUUUUCAUUAUUGACAAUGUUUUUUUAUUCAUUAAAACCCUUUGAGCUGCAGUUAAUCUGUAUGAAUGGUGCUAUGUAAAAUAAUAAAUACAUACACUCAAUGCCAUGAAA